UUGAAAUUACUUAUUUGCCCUUGAAAUUUUAAUAAGUUAUUUGCCCUUGAAAUUACGAACCAUCAAUUUACGAACCAUGAAGCUCAACAAAAGCAAAAACAAAGGCAAAGUUCACCCUCCUCCCUUCUUCAGAGUUUUAAUUUUUCGAACACCAUCAAUUUAAUCGGAAAUCUUCACAAACACCAUCAUUUUAAAAACUUAAUUUGUAGUAUAAAACAAUUGAAAUUAAAAAAAUUGCAAGAUCAACCAUAAGAAUUUGGAGUUAAAUAAGAUCGUAAAAAUUUCUGGUUUUUUUGAAUAGAUUUAUAUAUUAAAAAAAAAGAGAUAAUAUUCCUGAAAUUAAGAUUAUACCCUUUCAUUUGCGAAGUCGGUGUGAGUUAGGAUAUUGAAAGUGGUAAGAAUGGCGUUAGGUGGUAGUGAUGGAGGAGAGAGAAAAUGGUGGUGGGUGUUGUUUUGGGCGUUGUGGAGGAGAUGAAUGGGAAGGUUUUGUCCGCAUUCGUUUUCGAUUAAAUAAAGUAAUGGGGUAGUAGGUCCCUUCAGCCCAUUUUCAAUUUGAAGCCCAAUACCGUACUUGUCCACAUUAGAUUUUUUUUUCUUUUCUUUUUUUCUCUCUCCUACUUGAAGUGGCUUAUGAGCUCUCUCCUGCAUUCAAGGAGCUUCUCAGGGAGUUAGCACAAGCAUGGAGAUGGAAGUCCUGGACAAUAAGUUCUUAUAUGUGGGGCUACUCAUUGUGGCAACCCUUGUUGCUGCUAAAUUGAUAUCAGCGCUCAUUAUGCUAAAGUCUGGAAAACGCCUUCCUCCUGUGAUUAAGGCCUUCCCUCCAGUUAUUGGUGGCCUUAUUCGCUUCCUUAAGGGCCCCAUUAUCAUGCUGAGGGAGGAGUACCCAAAGCUUGGAAGUGUAUUCACCUUAAAUCUGGUCAAUAAGAAUAUUACCUUCUUGAUUGGUCCUGAAGUGUCUGCUCAUUUCUUCAAGGCACCUGAGACUGAUCUCAGUCAGCAGGAGGUCUAUCGCUUCAAUGUCCCUACUUUUGGACCCGGUGUUGUCUUUGAUGUAGACUAUUCCAUCCGCCAGGAGCAGUUCCGCUUCUUCACUGAGGCUCUUCGAGCCAAUAAGCUCAAGAGUUAUGUUGAUCACAUGGUUAUGGAAGCUCAGGAAUACUUUUCCAAGUGGGGAGAUUCUGGAGAGGUUGAUUUGAAAUACGAGCUGGAGCAUCUUAUUAUCUUGACUGCCAGUAGAUGUCUCCUGGGUCAGGAAGUCCGUGACAAGCUCUUUGACGAUGUGUCUGCCCUAUUUCACGAUCUUGAUAAUGGGAUGCUACCCAUUAGUGUUAUGUUUCCAUACCUGCCCAUCCCGGCUCAUCGCCGCCGUGAUAGAGCCCGUAAGAAGCUCGCAGAAAUUUUUUCACGCAUUAUAUGCUCCCGUAAAUCCUCUGGAAAGUGUGAGAAUGACAUGUUGCAGUGCUUUAUUGAAUCAAAGUAUAAAGACGGUCGGCCUACUACAGAGGAAGAAGUCACAGGUCUGUUGAUUGCUGCACUAUUUGCUGGCCAACAUACCAGCUCCAUUACAUCUACGUGGACUGGAGCAUAUCUUCUUCGUUAUAAAGAAUUCUUUUCAGCUGUGGUUGAAGAACAGAAAACUGUGAUGAAGAAGCAUGGACAAAAUGUAGACCAUGAUGUUUUAUCUGAAAUGGAUGUCUUGCAUCGCUGCAUCAAGGAAGCACUUCGACUUCAUCCUCCGCUGAUUAUGUUGUUGCGCCAAUCACACAGUGAUUUCAAUGUGACUACACGAGAUGGUAUGGAAUAUGAAGUCCCAAAGGGUCAUAUUAUUGCCACCUCACCAGCAUUCGCAAACCGUCUCCCACAUAUAUACAAAGAUCCAGACAGUUAUAAUCCUGAGCGUUUUGCCCCCGGAAGGGAUGAAGAUAAGUUAGCAGGGCAAUUCUCAUACAUCUCUUUUGGAGGGGGGAGGCAUGGCUGCCUUGGAGAGCCUUUUGCUUAUUUGCAAAUAAAGGCAAUUUGGAGCCAUUUGUUGAGAAAUUUUGAAUUUGAGCUAAUAUCUCCAUUCCCAGAGAUUGACUGGAAUGCAAUGGUGGUGGGCGUAAAGGGGAAGGUGAUGGUUAGAUACAAGCGAAGAAAACUUGUGGUUGACUAAUUGAGGUAUGUAAUUGCCUAUUUGGUGCAACAUCCUUUUAAUUUAAAUGAUAUGUUAUAUGCCACCAAGGCCCUGCUUGAUGUUCAUGUUCUUGGUAGAGUUAGCAUUUUGGUUGUAAAGCUGCAUCCAUUUUAUUUUAAAUCUUAUGAAUACCGAGUGUCUUUUAGAUGCAAACUCUUGUGGUUAGCUAUCUCUUGAAUUUUGAAAUUGACUAGUCAUUACUUAUCUCUUUUGUGUGAAUUUUAAACUACUCCGUAGAAAAUACCUUUUGAUCUGCUUCUCCACUUGAACUGAAAAUCUGGUAUUAUGAAUUCAAAGUCCAGAAAGUAUCUGCAUGUUUCUGAA